AUGGCUUCCUCAACUGAUUUCAAAGUUUGUCAAGUGUGUAAAACGGAGCAGCACAAAUACGUUUGCCCGAAGUGCAAACUCCUCUACUGCUCCUUGCCCUGCUACAAGAAGCACAACUCGGACUGCGUGUCUUCUUUUUACGAGUCGGAGUUUGCUGCUGCUGCUGCUGCUGCUGCUCCCACUCUUCACGAGAAGAGAGAUUUCAAUAUAAAGCUGACGCGCUUCCACCUGCAGCAGCAGCAGCAAGAGCAGCAGCAGCAGCAGCAGCAGCAGCAGGUUGUUGAGGGUUUAGGGUUUGACUCCAGCGACGAGGGCGACACGGACACAGACACCGAUGGGGCCCAGCAGCAGCAGCAGCAGCAGCAGCAGCAGCAGCAGCAGCAGCAGCAGAUAGGGGAGGAGCGGCUGCAGCAGCUGCAGCAGCUAGCAGCAGCAAACGAGCUGCAGCUGCAGCACCUCACUGCUGCUGAAUCUGCUGCUUUCUUUUCCGCCCUCAAAAGAGGAGAGCUAGCCAAGUACCUCGAGCCCUGGAAACCCUGGUGGCUCUCAGGUUUGGAGUCGCGCGACCCUCCGCCCGCGUCUGCCGUCGCCGCUGUUGACCAAGUGCUGGAGUGGGCUACGGCAAACCCUAGAGGUUUGGAGGCAGACCAUUUUGCGGUUGUCGCUCCCCCGCUGGGGUGUACAGACGCCGAGUUCUCCGAAAUGUGUCUAACUGAUGCUGCAAAGCUGCUGGGGGUAAAGGAGUUUGCUGCUAAGGCAGCAGCAGCUGCUGCUGCACUAAUAGAGAGGUUCAAGGAACUUAUGCUGCAGCAGCAGCAGCAGCAGCAGCAGCAGCAAGGCAAGCAGCAGCAGCAGCAGCAGGGGGAGCAGCAGCAGCAAGAGGGAGAGCAGCAAGAUAAUGACAGCCCGCAGGCGCCCAGCAACAAACAACUGGCAAAGCUAGCGGUCAAGGCCGAGCUGGUUGUGCGCAAGCUGGGGUUUAUUGCUUCUGCUGCUUAUUACCACUGGGAAGAGCUGCUGCAGCAGCGGCAGCAGCUGCAGCAGGCGCUGCAGCAGCGCUGCAGCAUGCUGCAGCAGCUGCAGCAGAUUAAAAAGAAGAGGGAAGAGGCGCAACCCCGAGCCUUGGAUUCCUGCGGCAGCACUUCCCUUGCUGCUGCUUCCAAAAGCCUGCAGUCAGCCAAGCCUGUCAUUGUGGUGCCCAGCGGCAGCAGCAGCAGCAGCAGCAGCAGCCGCAGCAAAAGCAGCAGCAGCAGCAGCAGCUGCGUGGUCGAGGAGAGCUUCAAGCGCGAGGCCGAUUAG